GAUUAGCCAUUACUCGAUUACCCAAAAACCUAAUCUUUUUUUCUCUCUCUCUCUUGUAUUUUGAAUAAGCUAAGUCUAAAGUGAAACCCUAGAUCGUCAUGUCUGGCAUGUACAAUCAAGACGGCGGGGAUCCUGCCUACGGCGGGGGUUAUGGAGGCGGCGGAGGCGGAGCUGGUGGUUACGGAGGUUAUGGAGGCGAUAGUGGUGGAGGAUACGGUGGCGCUCGUGGUGGUGGGGGAUAUGGUGGUGGACGAGGCGGCGGACGAGGAGGAGGUGGUGGAGGAGGAGGAUACGGUGGUCCUUCGCAAAAUCGAGGAGGGGAUCGUAGUGGAAGAGGAGGAGGUGGCAGAGGAGGCGGAGGCCGUGGUGGAGGCGGCAGAGACGGGGACUGGAAGUGCCCUAAUCCUAGCUGUGGGAAUUUGAACUUUGCCAGAAGGGUUGAGUGUAACAAAUGUGGUGCACCCUCACCUGCGGGUACAGGUGAUCGCAGUGGCAAUGGCAGUGGUGGUGGUGGUGGUUAUAACAGAGGAGGAAACAGUGGUGGAUAUGGUGGUAAUCGAGGUGGUAGAGGUGAUGGUGGUCGAAGUGGCAAUUAUGAAGGUAGAGGCGGUAAUUAUGAAGGUAGAAAUGGGGCCAAUAGAGGUGGUUCAUAUGGUGCUAAUCCGGGAAGAGAAGAUAGCGGUUAUGGUCAGGUCCCUGCACCUGCUCCCGCAUCUUAUGGUGGUGCUGCUGGAAAUUAUCCUGCACCUAAUUCUUAUGGUGGGAAUGCAAAUUAUGGGAUGGAGGCAGUUCCUCCACCGACUAGCUACACUGGUGGACCUGCCUCAUAUCCCCCAUCCUAUGGUGGCCCUGCAGGUGGUUAUGGUGGUGAUGGUUUCAGUGAUGCAAGGGGUGGUGGACGGGGUGGCCCACCUGGUGGAUAUGAUGGUGGGUAUGCUGCUGGUGGUCCUCGACAUCAGGGAGGUGGAGGUGGUUAUGGUGGUAGUGGUAGUGGUCCUGCUGAUACCACAGCUAAGGUCAAGCAGUGUGAUGGCGACUGUGAUAGUUAUUGUGACAACUCAAGGAUAUACAUAUCAAAUCUGCCGCCAGAUGUGACUGUUGAAGAAUUGAGAGAACUUUUUGGAGGCAUUGGAACAGUUGGAAGAAUCAAGCAGAAGCGAGGCUACAAAGAUCAAUGGCCAUGGAAUAUAAAGAUAUACACGGAUGAGAAAGGAAACAACAAAGGUGAUGCAGUUUUGUCCUAUGAAGAUCCAGCUGCUGCACAUGCUGCAGGUGGAUUUUUUCAAGAUCAUGAACUGAGAGGUCAUAAAAUUAGUGUCGUGAUGGCAGAGAAGACUGCUCUAAGACAUGACCAUGGCAGUGGUGGUGGUGGUAGAGGUGGCUAUGGCAAUGGUGGAGACAGGCGCAACAACUACAGAGAUGGUGGAGGUUCAGGGCCAGAUAGACAUUACCAUGGGGGAAACCGUUCUCGUCCGUACUGAGAGAAUUUCAGCUCUGAGCAUUUUAUGUACUAAAAAUAGUGGUCUGAGGGAUUUUAAUAAUGUUCCAUUCACGAGGUUGUUCUUUAACUGGAGACUAAGAGGUAGGUUGUUCACUUGCCCUGGACACUGCCCCUUUUUCUCCUUUUAUCAUUUAUCUGCUACUACUUGGAGGGGUUUAUAUUCUAGGCUUGGGAUUGUUUUAACUGUGUGAAUGUUUUUAUAGAGGCAAAUGGAUAAUCAAAUUGCUUGCUGCUAAGGUAGGUUGAUAUUUUCAGGUGAGUGCUACUCUUUCAAAUCACUUGUUUGCAAAUUAACUCUGCACUGUAGUGCAUUUUGUAGAUUUUGCUCGCUUGUCAGCCAGAUCAUGUGGCAUUGAUACAAGUGGUGUAAAUGCUCAGUAUAAACAUGCAUGUUCUGGUUUAAUCGGUUUUACAAAUUCUGAAUUGGGAGAUUAUUUUGAGGCGAGGCCAUCCCCACUUAGUUCUGGCAAUAGCAGCUCACAUUUAUUAUAUAUGCAAAAAUAUAUUCUUCCCACCCCCUCAGUCCAGGGUCUGGUUGAACAAAGUAAUAUGCUGUUCGUGAGAAACAGUUGUCAUCAGAUAAUUUUAAAUUGUACUAUGAAAUCCACAUAUUUUUAAAGUUAUAUAGAAUUUUUGAUGCUA